CAGUAAAUUAAUUCUGUUUAUAAACAAACUAUAAUCGUCUCAGAAAUGGGUUCUGAGAACAGGCGUGUUAUUUAUAAAUCUAAUGACCAGAAAAAGAUAGAUCAUGACGAAUUAAUAACAAAGUGUUUUGAAAUUGGUUCAGAUGUGGAAAUGAAAGAAAUUCCCCUAACAGGUGAAGAAUAUCUUCUAAAAGUUAUGACUGAACGUGCUAACGUUGCUGCAGUUACUGUGUGUGAUAAAGACAUUACGCAGUUCGCUAAAAAUCAGUCACUAUUUUUCAAAGAGCCUCCUGGGGCAAAAAUCGCACCUGAUAAACUCAAAACCACUAUAGAAUGGCAAAAAAUUCAAAUGUCAGACUUUGCAAAAGUGCGGUCAUCUAUGUCUAAGAUAAAGGCUAACCUUUUAGAGAAAGGAAUUGGAAAAAAAAGAGUGAAACCAAUAGUAAUUCAUGACGAAUCACUUGAAGGUUGGAAAAUAUUUUUUGAAGACCAUGAUUCCACUGUUACAUGUAUGCUGGGUUUUAGCCCUGAACAGUUGCACUCAGGUUUAGAAGUGCUUGCAGAAAUGUUGAAGGAGGUUCCACCUGGAGACACUAUAGAUCAUAAAAUAGGUCAAUGGAUCUAUGCUUUCUUGGCAUGUUUAAGACACCCUCCACUUUCAGAAACCAUUAGUCUCUUGAGAGAUCUUGCCAGAACUUGUGCUGAAAUAAGGUCGAGUAUAGAAGAAGAAGAAGAAGAUUCGUAUAUGAAGGCAGCACCCAUGAACCUCUUUAUUUGCAUAGUUGCCAGAGCCAACAUGAGGAAGCUGAAAGGUGCAGUUAAAGAGACAGCUAAACAAAAACGUGAGAGGAAGCAAGAAUUCGCCAAAACAAGACAACAGUUGCACACAGUUGUUUUGCCUACAUUUGCAGUGAUCUUCAUUUUAAUCUGUAUAUAUGUUUACUUCAAGACCAGGCCUGCGUCCAUGCAAUAUGCCUAAUAAGUGGCAAUUUCUACUAUAUCCUGACAAUUUACGGUGUGUUCCCAUUUGUCCCCACCCUACGUGAC